UCUUCCCAGCAAUUUUCUUCCUUAACCGAAGUGAUUUUUCAAUUUCUGGGAGAGCCUAAAGAGGUCGAAAGGUUUCUCGCUCAGCUCACUGACUUUGCUGCCCUGAACAAGAUCAGCCUGGGACCGCUGAAGAACAUCGCCAAAAGUCUCCUGUUGGUGCCAACCAACGCUCUAAAGAGGAGUCUGUCGGCAGAGCAGGUCGCUGCAGAUCUUAUCGCUCUGGGGCUGAGCGAGGAGAAGGCGGCAUACUUUGAAGAACAGUGGAAGGAACAUUCCCCUGCCCUCUUGCGCCUGGCCAUGGGGAACACCCUGAUGGUUAACCAGCUCAUAGACAUGGAGUGGAAGUUCGGAGUUACGGCGGGAAGCAGCGAGAUGGAAAAGGGGGGAAGCAUCUUUUUGCAGCUGAAACUGGUGGUUAAAAAAGGAAACCAAACUGAGCCCGUGUAUUUAGAGCUGACACUGCCCCAGUUCUACAGCUUCCUGCACGAGAUGGAAAGAGUUAAAACGAGCCUGGAAUGUCUCAGCUGAUGUACCUGCGGGGCGGGCCUCCGUCUUCAGCUUUGUCACCGGAGGAGAAGCUUUUGCGUGAUUCGCCUUUAAAGGUGUUGCCUUCGUGCCCUUGCCUCCAACUGUUUUAAGAACACCUUGGGGAACUUGUU